UGGUCGUGAUUCAUGAUCAUUGGGCAACACUUAAAAUGGGCAGCAGAUGUUGCUUUGAAUAACUACUCCUUGUUGGACAGGUCCUUAUUUCUUCUUCUCCAUGCUCCACCCUUUAUCCCCUCUUUCAUGAACUGAAAACACUCCCCUAAUUCCACUCCACUCUUUUGUUGUAUAUCUUCUUCCGUCUUCUUCUUCAUUCCACUUGGGGCAUCAUGUCUCGGGUUGUUGGCGGCGGUGGUGGAGAGAAGGGUAUCAUGUUAUUCGGUGUUCGAGUGACGGAAGGAUCGUUUAGGAAAAGUGUUAGCAUGAAUAAUCUGUCUCAGUUCGAUCAGACUCCUCAGGAUUCUAACGCCGAUGCCGGAUAUGCCUCCGACCACGUCGUUCAUGCAUCGGGAAGAUACCGUGAACGAAAGAGAGGUGUUCCGUGGACGGAGGAGGAGCAUAGAUUGUUCUUACUUGGGUUACAGAAGGUAGGGAAAGGAGACUGGAGAGGGAUUUCAAGAAACUUCGUGAAGACACGUACACCAACUCAGGUGGCCAGUCAUGCACAAAAGUACUUUCUCCGGCGAAAUAACCAUAAUCGCCGCCGUCGGAGAUCUAGUCUUUUUGAUAUUACAACUGAUUCCUUCAUAAAAAUAACCAUUUUGGAAGAAGAUGAAGUAGUCCACCGAGAAAACAUUCCGGUGCCACCGCAGAUGAGUGGUUUUCCAAUGUCAAUGUUUCCGGUGAGUCUAAGCACUACUCCGGUAGUUUCAAAAUUCACAGGCGAAAAUAAAUCUAUGCAGAAUCUCAAGCUAGGGCCGAUCCCGGCGGCGAAAACGUCCCCGAACCUUAACCGUCCGGUGCCGAUUCUACCACUUCCUCCAUCAUCAAAAAUGCCCGAUCUUAAUUUAAACCAGAAGAUCCAACUUGACCCUUCACCGCUUUCAUUGAAACUCUCGACACCCUCCUCCUCCGAUGAGCAGCCGCCGACGUCGGCGGCACACUCGUCUAGUUUUCAGGCCAUGUCAAGCGGGGAUAACAGCAGCAUCAUCAGCGUUGCUUGAAGAUUACAAUAAAAAUAAACAAAAAAGAAAAGAAAAGAGAAUAGAUUAUUAAGUGAUUAGGUGAAAUCCCUUGUUUUGUACAGAUUAAUUAUUACUUAAUUAGAGGAGCAGUCACAAGGAAAGUGGGAUGUCUCUGCCUUUGAUGCUGUGGGUGACUGGCUGCUGUUCUUCAGCCCAUCGUGGUCUCUUUUUUGUGCACUUUUAGGUACAGAGAACUAAGAGGUGUUAGGUUUAAUUAUCUGUAUUUGUUGUUUAAAGCUUUUUUAAAAGAUAUUAUUGUGUGAUUUA